AUGGCACAUGAUCCAACCUGGAAAGCCCAAAAAUAUAAGAAGCUCUUUCUUCCUGAGUUCCUUGGCUACAACUUAGCUGAAUGUGAUUUCAUAAUUGGUCCGGCUCUUGUUGGCCAACACUGGUUUUGCGUUGCCAUUCAGCCUAGCACAUUGGAUUUCCACGUAAUAGACUCCAUGAGGAACCAUUUCGGAACCAAGGACAGAAAGCAGAAGAAGAAGGUUGUCAUCAAAGACCCAGUGGAAAUGGCUGUGGAUGACUGUAGGAUGAGGUUCAAUAUUAUACUGGACUUGGUCAAGCCAGGAUUGGUUGGGAAAAAGCCAAUGUCUCCCAUGAUAUUUGCAGAAGUUCCCCAGCAGAAUAACCUGAGGGAUUGUGGGGUGCACUGCAUGAUGUGGCUGAGAAGAUGGGAACCUGGUGUGACCCUUACCUACACAGAGGAAGAAGUUGCUGGCUUUCGUCGUGACCUGACAUGGUGGUUGGUGAAUCAUGAACAGAAUGAAAAACGUGACGAGGCAUUGGCCCUUAUUCGACGACCACAACCAACCAAGAGCACAAAGUCCAAGAAAAGCGUCGAGAUUGGUGUCCAUAAAUUUAUGAUAGUUGAGAUCCAUGAUGCCAAUUUAUUCCCCAGUGACAUGAAUGAAUCUGGGUUUAACCACACCAAAACAGAUGAUGACAACAACCCCAUUGGACAUGUGCUAUUGGCUGGUGGCAUCUUCCACAGUGGUAUAUCCGUUUGUUCUGGAACUGUGAUUCAUCCCUGUUUACUUUUGGCCUUCCUGGUGGUCGGGAUGUCAUGGGAGGUAGCAAGAAAACUUGCUCACUGA